AUGAAGCUCGCUGUCAUUCUCUCUGCUGUGGCCCUCGUCGCCUUCGCCAGUGCCAACGACUUCAACGACCAGUACGAAGUCAACGACCAGAACGACCUCCACGACGACCACGACGACAAAAAAGGCGUCGCCAAUUCCGCGAACCCAUCUAUCUGCAACGUGGCCGAACUCGCGAAGAUCUUGAAGGACCCAAACACGGCCACAUGCGCCUCCAACUCUGGCUACGCUAUGACCGCGUUGACUGUCCCCACGCCUGAACAAACGGCCGUGAUGUGCGUCAACGUGGCGUGUCAGAAUGUGCUUCAGAGGGUCGAGAGCAUUGCGCCGGAAGAGUGCCUUCUGGCCAACUUUCACCUGCAUCGCGACCUCAUCGAUCCUCUGGACAUGGCCUGUGACGACGGCCGACCAGUAAACGGCCUGACGGGCAAGAGCGGCACCAACACUACGGGCUCGAACCCGACGAACCCUUCGGGCGGAAACGUCGUGACCCCCACGAACCCGAACGUCGCGAGGCCUUCGACCCCAAACGUUCCACGCCCUCCGACUUCGGGCGACACGCCAUCUGUGGAACAAGACACUAACAGCCCCGCGACUGGCCCAUCGGAUCUUGACCCCACUCCCGCUCCACUUACCCCGAGCGGCUCGAUCACGACUACCUCUGGAUCAGUAUCUGGCAACAAUGGCGCGAGCGUGGCCACGGUCCUGGUUGGGGCCGUCGCGACUGCCAUCGUUACCAUGUUCUUCUAA